ACUAGUGAAGGCUUUUCUGGUCCUAAACCUGAAAUUAUUUCUCUCUCCCUCCUAUACAUUUUUCUUUUCUCUUUUAAAGGGAAACAGAAAAGUAGUUAAGCAUUGUAAGGCGUUUGCUUUGUGAAAAAGGAGGCCAUGGUGAUCAAAACAUGGGCAGUGGCAGUAGCUGUGGUUAUAGCUGCAGCGAGUCUAGGUGAGAAACGGGUUGGAGCAGAGGUGCACCAUGUGGUCGGAGAAGACCGUGGCUGGGAUCCUUCUACGGACGUAGCUUCUUGGUUGGCCGGCAGAACUUUUAGGGUCGGAGACAAACUCUGGUUUGCAUACUCGGCUUCACAUGGGGCAAUAGCUGAACUAAAGACCGAGGAGGAGUAUAUGUCGUGUGAUGUGAGCAAUCCAAUCAAGAUCUUAACGGACGGCCUGGAUAGCAUUUUGCUCGAUGGGGAAGGGAUUCGGUACUUCGUGAGCAGCAACUUGGAGAGCUGUAAGAAAGGACUAAGGCUACCAGUGGACGUGAUAUCUCAAGAUGCACCCGAUGCGCCAAAAAUCUACACAUCAGAGAGCUCAGCAUUAACUGCUGCUGCUGCUGGGCCUACCCCGUCUAGUUCAGGCCGUAUUAGUGCUUCUUUUGUAUUAUUGGUGGCUGGUUUUUGGCUAUCUUACAUGCUCAUGUAGAAUGGAUUGUUUUCUUACACAUAUGUCCAUGGACUUUUUAAUGGACCAUAUUGUAAGGAGACCUUUAAGGAUUCCAUUUAUGCUUGCAUGCUUUUCUAAUGUUUUUGAGAAGUUUUUUGUAUCUAGUUUUGGUGUAUUUAUUUUUAUACGCUAAAAAUAAUUAUGAUUUGGCAUGUAAUGAAAUGAUAACAUAAAAUGAUAAGUUUUUAUCUCUAUAAUA